CAUGAAUCCAUUGUCACACCCGGUGGAGGAGUCAGAGCCUAGGAUAGACGCUGAGAUGCCGCUUCAGAGCACGACGUGUUCGAACCUUACAAUGCAACGCGGACUGACAUCGUACUCGCUCGAGUUGACAUCGCACCCUCUUGACCCAGGCCCCGCUUUUCAACUACACUCUCAAUGCAUGAAGCGUAAGGCUGCAGCAUCUUCCACUCUACGUAUAUCCGGUAUUGAAGUACCCAGCUGCAGUUCAGCUUUCCGCGGUGCAUUCUACAUGAGUUGACACUAGGAACGCAUGUAACAGCAGGCCAAAUUAUAGUUUGUAGUGCACAAGGCGCGAAAGGGUUGUACACUCCCAUUGUCUGUCUCCAGCUCCGCUCUUCUGGUAAGUGCCAACUCAUAGCACAACAGAUGCAUGUUGCAGUGCUUGGCCGCUCCAAUGUUGUUGGGUAGAUUAUAGUACAUGAGCGCUGCAACAACCGUUUUGCCGAAAAUGGUCUGGGAUCGCUUUGAUUAAGGUCAGUCUAGUCAAUCGCUGCCGGUCACCGUCAUCUUUCCAGCUCUAAGGACUGAGCCUGUGACUUCGUGAUGAAGCUGCGCGAUAUUUCUUGCUCGAAUGCUCCUUGAAAGAAUCAAUCUCAACCGGAUAGCGCACGGCCGAGGCGGUCCGAUAACCACGGCAUUGUAUCAACACUCAGCGGGCUGCAAGGCCUCGGAUCUGUACAAUCGAGUACCCAACGGAGUAUUCCCCUUUGCGACAACGCCCGCAGGCCGCG